AUGGAAUUCACAAAUAAUCGUAAACCACUCUUCAUACCUUCGAAAACUGUACCUAAACUCAGUCAAAAGGAACUUAAACAACAACAAGUAACUGACAAACGAGUACAACAAUUAUUACAAUCUCAAUUGGAAAAAUUGAAAUUAAAAUCUCAUCAUCUAGCUGGUGAACCAAAUAGAACAAUUGAUGAAGAAAAUAAAUUUUCUUUACCUAGUAGAUAUGAAAUAGUUCAUAUCUUAGGUAAAGGUUCAUAUGGGACUGUUUGUUCGGCUAGAGAUAAUAAAAAUCCAGAAAAUACGUAUUGUAUUGCAGUGAAAAAAAUUACAAAUAUUUUCUUUAGAGAAAUUUUAUUGAAGAGAGCUAUUCGUGAAUUAAAAUUUAUUAAUUAUUUUAAAGGUCAUAAAAACAUUGUUAACUUAAUUGAUUUAGAAUUAGUAGUAGAAAAACCUUAUGAAGGUUUAUAUUGUUAUCAAGAAUUAAUCGAUUAUGAUUUGGCAAAAGUGAUUCAUUCUUCAGUGUAUUUGGGUGAGUUCCAUAUUAAAUUUUUCUUUUAUCAAAUUGUUUGUGGAUUAAAAUAUAUCCAUAGUGCAGAUGUCAUUCAUAGAGAUUUAAAACCAGGAAAUAUAUUAUGUACUUUAAAUGGCUGUUUAAAAAUAUGUGACUUUGGUUUAGCAAGAGGUGUGGCAAGUAAAUAUUUUAAUACAAGAGUUUCACACCAAGAUAUUACAAAUUAUGUUGCAACACGUUGGUAUAGAGCACCUGAAUUGAUUUUAUCCCAUAAAACAUAUGAUAAAUCUAUAGAUAUGUGGUCUCUCGGUUGUAUAUUAGGUGAAUUUUACGAAAGAAGGCCAUUAUUCAUGGGGAAAGAUGCAAUGAAUCAAAUAUUUCAAAUUCUACAAGUUUUAGGUUCUCCUUCUAAAUCACUUUUGAAAUCUUUUAGUUCGAGAUAUGCAAAUAGUCUUUGCUCUGAUUCUAAUUCAAAUAUUGAGAAACAAGAUUGGAAAAAAAUUUUCCCAAAUGCAUCAAUGGAUGCAGUUGAUUUGUUAGAUAGAUUGCUCGAUUGGGAUCCAGCUGAACGUAUAACAAUUAACCAAGCAAUUGAGCAUCCAUUCUUUAAAGAUGUUAGGAAAAUUGACGAUGAACCUGAUUGUCCAUAUGGAUCAUUUGAUUUUACAUAUGAGGAAAAAUUAGAUUCAAUGCAAAAAUUAAGAGAAUAUCUAAUUGUAGAAGUCGAUAAUUUUAAACGCGAAAGAGUAAUCUUGGACAAUCCUACUCAAAAUCGUUUAAAUAACCCGCAAUUAAUUCAAAAUUCAUAUUAUAAAUAA